AUGAAUAAAAAUAACUCUCCAAUUUCUCGUAAUUCAUCCUUUAUUUUUCUUCUUCUUCUUCUUCUUCUUCUUCUUCUUCUUCUUCUUCUUCUUCUUCUCUACCUACUCCCCCCUCUCUCUCUCUCUACUUUCUAUGGACUCUCCUUUUUAUCUUACUCUCCCAUUCUUCCAAGUCUCUCUUCAUCCUCAUUCCUUACUCUCCAUUUCCAUUCACUCACCCUUGCUUCUUACUCUUCCUUUAUCUUAACUCCCCUUCUCCUUUUACGUCCUUCAUAUUUGGUCCCGUUCUCUCUCUCUUUUUUUUUAAUUACUCACUCUCCUGAAAUUUCUCCCCGUUCUCUAUUUCUACUUGCUCUCUCUCUCCCUCUCUCUGUUUUCCUUUCUCUCUUCAUCCUCAUUCCUUACUCUCCAUUUCCAUACACUCUCCCUUACUUUUUACUCUUCCUUUAUCUUAAAUCCCCUACACGUCCUUCAUUUUUGUUCCCGUUCUCUCUCUUUCUUUCCUUACUUAAAUACUCUCCUGAAAUUUCUCCCAGUUCUCUAUUUCUACUUACUCGCUCUUUCUCUUUACUUCAACUUUCAUCUGUUUCUCUCUCUCCUGACAUUUCUUCUAAUUUUCAAGUUGUCCUUAUUCUCCCAUUCCCAUUAUGCUUACUCUCCGUUUCUGCUGACUCUCUCUUUUCCCUCCUCUCUUUUUCUCAUUCUCUUAACUCACUCCUUCUCCCAUUUUUCUUUAUACUUCUCUCUUUUUCCUUACUCUCCCCACUCUCCUCUAAUUCCUACUCGUUUUUUUUUAUUUGCCUUUACUCUCUUUUUCUCUUAAUUCUCUUUUUCUUCUUACUUUUUUUUUCUAUUUAUUUUCUAUUUAUUCUCUCUUUCUCGACACUCUCUUUAUUUAGUCUCUUUUACAGCUUCUCUUUUUCUCUGAUUAUUUUCCUUCUCAUUAUUCUGCUCACUUUCUCUUUUUCUUUACACGCCCUUUUUUCCUUUCUCUUUCUCUUUACUCUCCCUUUUUUACUUUCUCUUUCUCUUUACUCUUCAUUUCUUCUCACUCUCCUUUCCUUUUUAAUUUCCUCUUUAUUCUCUUUCUCGGCACUGUCUUUUUACUCUCUUUUGCACUUUAUUUCCGUUGGGUUUGAAUCUUUUCCUUAUCAAUAUUUUUACUCUUCUUAUUUCUCUUUACUUUUCUGUCUUACUCUCUCUUUUCCUUACCCUUUCUUUCUCGUAACUCUCAUUUUUCUCCUAAUUUAUCUCAAUACCAUUUUGUCAACAUCCUUUUUUACCUACCCGUCUUUACUCUCCUUUUUUUAUUUUCUCUUUUAUUUACUCUUCCUUUCUCCUAACUCUCUUUUUCUUCUUCUUCUAAUUUGUAUCAAUUCAACUUUGUCUUCAUCCUCUUUUACUUAUUCAUCUUUAAUCUCCCUUCUUUAUCUCCCCUUUUCCUUACUCUUCCUUGCUCUUAACUCUCCUUUUCUUCUCCGUCUAAUUUGUAUCAAUUCCACUUUGUCUUCAUCCUAUUUUACCUACUAA